AUGGAAGCUCUAUCACCGCGCUCAACAAAUCAGAUGAUUAAACCAAAGCCUGUCAUGGACCGGAAAAUCGUCGACAAAAAUGCUGCCGCUGCCGGACAGAAGGCGCCAUCAAAAAACCACGCAGAUCCACCACCACCAUUAGUCCCAGAGCCAGAGGAUGGCGGAGAGCGAUAUGCAAUUGGCCAGUUUUUGGGGAAAGGAGGAUUUGCAGUUUGCUAUGAAGGGACGUUGGCGCGAAAUGGUCGCGUGUAUGCGAUGAAAGUCGUCAAGUCACAGAUGCCACAAAAAAAAAUGGAAGAAAAGUUUCGAACAGAACUCCAAAUUCAUUCUAAAAUGCGCCACCCAUUUAUUGUCCAAUUCUACCGCGCUUUCUCGUUCGAGCAGAGUACCUACGUGGUAUUGGAAUUAUGUCCAAAUGGAUCAGUGAUGGAUAUGGUUCGAAAACGACGACACCUUUCAUUACCCGAAGUCCGACGAUUCAUGAUUCAACUUUGCGCUGCGGUGAAGUAUCUACACAAGCGAUUUGUUGCACACCGUGACUUGAAGAUGGGCAAUUUGUUUCUCGACCACAAUAUGAAUAUCAAGGUCGGCGAUUUUGGUCUCGCUGCCAUGAUUCUCUCAGACAAAGACGCGAAAAGGCGAAACACCCUGUGCGGAACACCAAACUACAUUGCGCCCGAGGUUCUGGAUAAGAGCAAGGGCGGCCAUACACAAAAAGUGGAUAUUUGGUCUUUGGGUGUUAUCUGCUUUGCCAUGUUGACAGGUUACCCACCGUUUCAGUCGAAGACACAGGAGGAGAUCUACACAAAAGUGCGCAGUUUGACCUACGUGUGGCCCAAGGAUUCCGAGAACCAUAACCACAUCCCGGAAGAGGCAAAGGACCUUGUCAGUGCUUGCUUGAAUCUCGUUGACGAAGAGCGUCCAGAUCCAGAUGACAUUGUCGAGCACCCAUUUUUCAACAUGUAUGAUGGCUGCAUUCCUCGCCAACUGGAUCCUGCUUGCCGUUUCAACAAGCCCCUCUGGCUUAGAGAUCAGUCCCCACGAGGCGAUGUCAUGGUCAGUGGCUAUAGUCUCGACGCGGAUGAGAGAUUGCGGGCGUAUGUUUACCAGGUGGAUGACCCUAGCCAACGCUACCAUUCGUGUAAAGCUGCCUUUUAUUCGCUCUGUGGAGUUGGCAGGAAGCCGGAUGGAACUGCCCGCAAGUCUGUCGGGCGCAACUGCUCAAAAUCGGCAUACUCUGAGUGCGAGACGGAGGAUGCCAGAGGCCUUCGUCCGCUUGUUCCAUUGCCCACGGACGUUGUCUACCAAUGGCCUCAUGACAUGGAGGGUGACUGGUGUCUGAUGGAAACCUCACGGAAAAUUGUUCGUCUUGAGAACUCUGCUCAUGACAGCAGCACUUUGUCCCAGCGUAGUGUGUCUGUUCGUACAAACCCAGUGGCUGCUUCAAGAACGAAUGCAGCGCUCGCGGCUGCUCAUCAACGAAGGAUGGAGCCACAGAGUCACGCAGCCACACUUCGUCAGCAGGGUCGACCUGGCGCCAAUUCCCCUCGCAAAUUGUCCGCCAUGACUGAGUACUCAGAACCGCCGAAACCUUACCGGGAUGUCCAAGCACCUCCGAUUGCGCAGCCUUCUACCACAGACUCGCGCUCAGGUGGACUCGCGGAACGUCCCAUUAGAACUCGUCGCAUGGCAUCCAGCUCUGAAGCGCAGCCUGCUCGGGAAGUGGAAAGACCUCAGUUGACCAAGUCUAUUAGCAUGCCCUCGGGGCUGACUAUUGGCAAAACUCGAUCUCAAUCACGCCGCUUAGAGGCCGCGAGCCAAGGGACAGCUGUUCCAAUUGUUGAGCCAAAAGUACCUGCGAGACUAGAGGAGCGUCGAGCGAUUAGCCGGCAGCCAUCCCUGCGAUCCAUCCCCCGGCCUGACUUAAGAGUCAGCGCGAACCGAGCCGAGCGACCGAAGAUUUUGAGUCCUACCGACGAGGGCUUCGCAUCUAGCACACAAUCUAAAACUGCAUCCACCUCCCAUGGAAUCAGCCGAACCAAUAGCAAAGGAGCUUCCUCGACAACCAGGGCUCGGUCAAGUCUUGGAUUAAGUCCUCUUUUCCACCAAGAAGAUCUAUGCGAACUUUUACCUGGCACCUCUCUGACUGAGGUCAACACUGAUUUACGUCUGAUGUUAUCAAACCUCGUUACCAUUGCACCUGCUCGUCGUCGAAGUGGCCCUCGGAAACAGCCUCACGCAUAUGUCAUUAAAUGGGUCGACUACACCAAUCGCUAUGGUAUUGGAUACGUCUUGGAUGAUGGCAGUGUGGGAUGUGUUUUCAAGGGUGAGAACGGUCGACCCGCUUCUAGUGUCAUUGUGCGCGAUGGCGAAAGACACAUUCGACGCAAAGCACGCAGUCUCGACAAUGGCCAGGAGAAGGGUAUCCCGUAUUCCGAAGCUGAAUACCUGAUUCCUCGAAAUGGAAGCCCCGUUGAGUUCUACGAAAACCAUGAUGAUGACCUACUUGGCUGUCGGGGGAUUCGCCGCGGGUUUAUUUCCCCGUCUCUGUUUGACCCUCUGACAUCCAAAGUAAUGCGACUGCGCGUUAACACCGGGUCCGAGCCAGAAAGAGCGGACAUGGAGAAAGUCAAGCGAGUCAAGUUGGUGGAUCAGUUCGGAAAGUAUAUGAUCGGGUCAUUGGGUCGCCAUGGUGAUGAAGGAAUGGCAGAUCAAGUUUCCAGUCAUACAAAUGGACAAUUCGUCAAAUUCUACCAGCGAUUGGGCAAUGUGGGCAUCUGGGGAUUCGGUGAUGGUGCUUUCCAAUUCAACUUCCCUGAUCACACCAAGCUGGUUAUCGCGCCCGGUCGUACUCGUAGCUCCUCACCUUGGAUUGACUUCUACCACCUCUCGCCGUCUGCUGCCAGAUACUUCACAGCCAAGGGGAAAAUGCAUCCCUCUGGAUUUGACACCCGUGCUGUUGCCUCGGACGAAGCGGCUACCUUCUUGAGCAUUAUUAAUGGCCAAUCGGUCAAUUCUGUCGAAGACCGCAUCCGCGACAUCUUGGAUGCAAAUUCAUUCCUGCAAAAGAUCAGCUUCAUCAAGGAUGUUCUCAAAGUUUGGAUUAAGUAUGGUCGUCUUGGUGGCCGCCCAACCAAUUUCCGGGCUGCUGGAGAUGACUCUCCACCCCCAGAGAUGUUCUGGCAGGGUACUCAAGAACGGUCGCAAACUAGCAGUCAAGGGACUAAAUUUGUUUGGGUCACUGUUGGAGCUCCUGAUGGAGAUGGUCAAUAUUGUUCGGUUGUGCUCAAGGAGGGCGAGAAGCAAAGAAAUGAAAAGCAGGCUGCGAUGAACGUUGAUAAGGAGAUGGGUAUGCUGAAGGAACGGCUUCAAGCGAUGGGAAGAGGGUGA